AUGGCUACCCCCGGCGACCUCGAAAAUGGGCCUAAAGAGCCUGAAGUUACAGCCCCUACAGUUUCAACGGAGAGUGAACUCCCACUACCUGUAGCGCCUCGAUCCUCUCAACACCAUGACCCAGGUCUAUGGAGAAAUCCAUUAUUCCGUCGAAGAGGUCAGCAUGAGACAUUCGCAGGACUUACACCAGAGGAAGCCCAGGAAAAACAUGAAAGGAGGUUGAGAAAAGGUGCUCAGCCUAAGCCUGCUCGGUUUAAUCCCGUUAAGGCAACAAAAAUCACAAUUAAGAGUACCUCGACAUUGAGUUCCUGGAGUAACAUUUUGUUUCCGGCUAUUCCUGCUGGUAUUGUGAUGUGGUACACUAGUAGGGAUACGCAUCCGCUGGCUGUAUUUAUUCUGAACUUCAUUGCAAUGGUGCCAAGUGGCAACCUUCUGGCUUUUGCAAGCGGAGAGCUACAAGCGAAACUACCAAAGACUAUUGGGGCCACUCUCGAGAUUUUUACAGGCGCUGUCGUCGAGCUCAUUGUUUGUUUGAUCCUUCUCAUCGAUAAGCAAUACGACGUCGUCCGAGCCGCUCUCCUAGGAUCUAUGCUUGCCAAUCUACUUCUAGUUACCGGUGCAUGCUUCCUCGUGGGCGGUAUUGCCUACCGCGAGCAAGAUAUCGCAGAAUACGUAACAGAAGUAUCCGGAGCUGCUUUGUUAGUUAGUGCUGUUGGAGUUAUCCUCCCCAGCCAGUUCUACCAGGCAAUAUAUACACGGGCAGACAUUGGCGAACAUGAUGCUUCGCUUCGAGUCGUUGAUGUUAGCCGUAUUGUCAGUAUUGGGCUCCUGAUUGCAUACGUCUGUUUCCUCUUUUUCCAACUCAAAACUCACAGUACCACGUUUCAUCAUGUUCUUGAACAGGCAGAAAAAGCAGAUGCAGAUGGUCACAAGGAGAGAUAUCGCCGAAAGCUUUCUCUUCUAGAGGCGAUAUUCCUUACCCUUGUCGGAUUGACCUUCGUCUCAUUCUGCGCCUACUUCAUGGUGCAGGAGAUCCCGUACAUCGUGGAAACGAGGCACAUUUCGGAUCCUUUCAUGGGUUUGAUUUUGGUUCCACUCAUCGAGAAGGCUGCAGAACAUUUGACAGCCUUGGAUGAAGCUUGGGAUAGACAAAUGGACCUUGCUCUAUCCCAUUGUCUCGGUGCAACCGUCCAAACAGCUCUUCUCGUCUCUCCCAUCGUCGUUAUUGUCGGAUGGGCAAAAGGACUGAAUAUGGAUCUUAACUUCGAGUACUUCAUGGCAUUCUCCCUUCUCCUAUCCGUCCUAGUCGUCGGCAACUUUAUCCGAGACAGAAAGACGAAUUGGCUGGAAGGGAGUUUCUUGCUUAUGGUCUACUUUAUUGUUGCCGUAGCUGCUUUCUAUUACCCCAAUCCCGAGGGCCACGGUGCAAAAGUUGACUCUGGUGAAGGGGAAUCUCACGGGGCGAGUGUGGGUGAAGAGUCGCAUGGGUCUGAGACUACGAGCGCUUUACUGGAGGCGGCUACGUCUGCAACAGUAGAGCAUGUCAAAAGGAUUAUUAUGGGGUGA